CUUGUUGAGAAACGUGUUAAGAUAUUGAAAGGCAUAUCACGACAAUUGGAAUACCAAAAUAGAGGCUUUAGAAUGCCAUAUUCUGAAGAAUACAUCAGAAGUAAACUGAUCAAACAUCUCCAGGCCUCUCACGUCGAGGUAGAGGAUCAGUCCGACGGUUGCGGUGCCAAGUUCGCUGUGCUCAUUGUGUCGGCUAAAUUCGAGGGCAAACCGUUGCUCCAACGUCACAGACUAGUCAACGCAGCCCUGGAGGAAGAGCUGAAAGACAUCCACGCAUUUUCCCAGAAGACACUGACCCCCGAUCAGUGGAAAAAACAACAAUCUUAGGGCUUCUCUAUUACAACACGGCCUGGUGAUACGGGAAAUUUA